UUAUUUUCACACACACAAACUCGACAUCGCAGUGUGAGAAUGUGAUAUUUCAGUCUGUUCAUCGAUCUUUGUAUUUCGGCGAAUUUUCUCGAACAAAGACAGCAAAUAAAAGAAGAAAAACUUAAAAUAUAUUGAUUAAUUCUAAAUAGAAAAAAUUAAUUUAAUUUAAAAUCUAAACGAUAUUAUUUAUUUAAAAAUUUUAACAUCGCGUCAUUCAGCUUCUUUUUUUCUUUGUUGUAUUUUCCUGGUUAAUUUUUUUCUUUCACAUAGCGACCAAAUUAUAUAAAUCGAAAAGAAUGAGUAACAUAGAAAAUUCCCAAUCAUCAUUUGAUGAUUCAAUUGGUUCGAAUGAUUCGGAACUUUUACAAGUCGAAACUGAUAUUUCCCCACAAAAAGAUGGAAAACUUAUGAAGACAAUCAUUACUAAAGGAAAUGGAUGGGAAAAACCCGGUAAUGGUGAUAAAGUUUCGGUCCAUUAUGUUGGUAAAUUAUUGGACGGCACACAAUUCGAUAGUUCACGUGAUCGUAAUGAAAAAUUUGUGUUUACAUUGGGAGCCAAAGAAGUGAUUGAAGGAUGGGAUAUUGCUAUUAAAACAAUGAAACGAGGUGAAGUUGCAUCUUUCAAGAUUGAUCCAUCAUUGGCUUAUGGUGAACGUGGUUCGCCACCAACUAUUCCACCAAAUUCUACGUUAAUUUUUGAAAUUGAAUUGUUCGAUUGGAAAUUAGAAGAUAUAACGAAAAAAGGCGAUGGAGGCGUUUUACGACGUAUCAUUAAGGAUGGAAGUGGUUGGUCGACACCGAAUGAAGGAUCUACUUGUAACAUUGAAUACAUUGGCAAAUAUGAGAAUCGUGUAUUUGAAACACGUCAAGUGACAUUCUAUCUUGGUGAAGGUUCCGAAGAGAAUCUUGUUCCGGCUAUUGAAAUUGCCGUUAGAAAAAUGAAAAAAGAUGAACGUUGCGAGAUAAUUGUCAAACCAAAAUAUGUAUGGGGUGAUGGCCAAGGCAAUGAAGAAUAUGGCAUUCCAAACGAUUAUCAACAAUUGAAAUAUGAAUUAAAUCUGAAAAAUUUUGAAAAUCUUAAAGAAAUUGACGAUAUGGAAAAUAGUGAACGAAUCGAACAGGCAUUGUUGGUCAAAACAAAGGGAACGAAAUAUUUUAAAGAAUCUAAAUAUAAAUUGGCUAUCAAACAGUAUAAACGUGUCCUACAAUUGAUCGGUACUGAAUCGGAGAAUUUCGAGCCAGAACUAAAAGAAAAAGCACGUGAAAUUUUAUUGGCGGGUAAUUUAAAUCUUGCCAUGUGUUAUUUGAAAGUGGAAAAUUUCAUUGAAGCACAAAAAAAUUGUGACCGUGCACUCGAGAUUGAUCCAGAAAAUGAAAAAGGUCUAUUUCGUCGUGGACAAGCUUUUUAUGGCCAAAAAGAAUAUGAAUUGGCUAAAAAAGAUUUUGGAAAAUUAUUGGAAAUUGAUCCAAAAAAUUCGGCAGCAAAAAGCCAGAUGAUCAAUUGCAUUAAUCGUAUUAAAGAACAUAUGGAAAAAGAAAAAAUGAAAUACAAAAAUAUGUUUGAAAUAUUUGCCAAAAGAGAUAGCGAGAAAGAGGCAAAGAAAAAAGCCGCACAAACAACAAAUGCAUCAAAUGAUGCAAAAAUCUUCAACAAUGAAGGUGACUCUGAAACAAUGGCUAAAGAUUCGGAACAACAACAACCAGAGCCGACAACCGCAAACGCCUAAUUUUAUGCCGAAAAAUGUCAUUAUUAUAUUACACGUAAAUACAAAAGAAAAA